AUGAUGCAUCCUCAAGUCUUCAUUUCAGGCCUCAUACUGCUUAUCCCAGGUGCUGUGAGUUCUCACAUAGCAGUGAAGGGGGUGGUGGGUCACCCUGUCACACUGCCAUGUACUUACUCAACAUACCGAGGAAUCACUGUCACUUGUUGGGGUCGAGGAUCAUGCUCAGCUUUUAAUUGUGUAAACAUAAUUAUCGAGACCAAUGGAUACCAUGUCACCUAUCGGAAGAGCAGCCGAUACCAGCUAAAGGGGCAUAUUUCAGGAGGAGUCGUGUCCUUGACAAUAGAGAAUGCUGUUCAGAGUGACAGUGGUGUGUAUUGCUGUCGAGUGAAGAUUCCUGGAUGGUUCAAUGAUCAGAUAUCGACCUUUUCCUUGGAAGUUAAACCAGCAAUUCCCACAACUACAAGAAGACCCACAACUACAAGAAGACCCACAACUACAACAAGACCCACAACCACAACAAGACCCACAACUACAAGACCUACAACUACAACAAGACCCACAAGUACAACUAGACCCACAACAAGACCCACAACUACAACAAGACCCACAACUACAACAAGACCUACAACUACAACAAGACCUACAACUACAACUAGACCCACAGCUACAACUAGACCCACAACUACAAGACCCAAAACUACAAGACCCACAACUACAACUAGACCCACAACUACAACAAGACCCACAACUACAAGACCCACAACUACAACUAGACCCACAACUACAAGACCCAAAACUACAAGACCCACAACUACAACAAAACCCACAACUACAACAAAACCCACAACUACAAACCCACUACGAUUUAUCCACAUCAGACAACAGCUGAGGGGCCAGAAACCGUAUUCUAUACUCUUACAGGAAUUGAUCCCUUCACAGAAGCAGCAGAACAUGACUAAUGGCUUCUAUAUCAGCAUCUCCAUGGCUGCCCUGCUGUUGCUGCUACUUGUGACCACCAUGGCUGUCACCAGGUAUAUCUUUAUGAAAAAGAAGUCAGAGUCUUUAAGCUUGGUAACAUUCCAUGCAUCCUCAAAUGAAUCUUUGCAAAACACAGCGGAUGUGCAGUCCCGAGCUGAAGACAAUGUCUACGUAAUUGAAGAUAGUCCUUACCCUAUGAAAUGA